AUGGCUUUUCAGGCCUGUAUCCAAGUUUGCCCAGAAAAUCCAGCAAACUUUAAUGUUGACAAUGUUAGAGUGGCAAAGCUGGUUGGAGGCAGCCUGCACAAUUCUUCUGUAGUCCGUGGGAUGGUUCUGAAAAAUGACGCUGUUGGAAGCAUUAAAAAAGUGGAGAAUGCGAUGGUUGCGGUAUUUGCUGGUGGUGUGGACACUUCUGCAACUGAAACGAAGGGAACUGUUCUUAUACAUUCUGCUGAGCAUCUUGAAAACUAUGCUAAAACAGAGGAAGCAAAGGUGGAGGAGCUUAUCAAAUCUGUGGCUGAUUCAGGUGCCAAGGUCAUUGUCAGUGGAGCUGCAGUUGGCGAUAUGGCAUUGCAUUUUUGUGAACGUUACAAGCUAAUGGUUCUGAAAGUCAGCUCAAAGUUUGAGCUUCGGAGAUUCUGCCGUACUACUGGGGCUGUAGCACUUUUGAAGCUUAGCCAACCAAAUGCGGGCGAAUUAGGAUAUGCAGACUCUGUUUCAGUGGAAGAAAUUGGUGGUGCUCGAGUGACUGUUGUCCAAAAUGAAGAAGGUGGAAAUUUAGUGGCUACUGUUGUCUUAAGAGGCAGUACUGACAGUAUAUUAGAAGAUCUUGAAAGAGCUGUCGAUGAUGGCGUAAACACGUACAAGUCAAUGUGCAGGGACAGUCGGAUUAUUCCUGGAGCUGCCGCAACAGAAGUAGAGCUGGCAAAGAGAUUGAAGGAAUUUUCUCUGAAGGAAACAGGGUUGGAUCAGUAUGCCAUUGCAAAAUUUGGUGAAAGUUUUGAAAUGGUUCCAAGAACACUUUCUGAAAAUGCUGGACUUGGUGCAAUGGAGAUAAUAUCUUCCCUCUAUGCUGAGCAUGCUGCUGGCAAUGUGAAAGUUGGCAUUGACUUAAAGGAAGGUUCUUGCAAGGAUGCGUCAAUUAUGAAAAUAUGGGACCUCUACAUUACAAAGUCCUUCGCUCUAAAAUACUCGGCAGAUGUUGUAUGUACUGUACUGCGGAUUGACCAGAUCAUCCUGGCAAAGCCAGCAGGAGGUCCGCGGCCCCCCAAACAAGGUGGUAUGGAUGAAGAUUAG